AUGGAUGCUUUAAAAGAUGUUAAUCUAUAUCUGUCAGAACUUCAACAUUUGACUUAUUUGGAUCUUUCUAGACUUCAUAUCCAUGCCGUUCCAGAAUUCCUUGGUUCUAUGCAACGCCUACGCUAUCUUUCUCUACAAGGAGGAGAAGGCGACGCUAUUCCCAUUCCCAGCAGCAGUAUUAGCAACCUCACCAACUUGCGUGCUCUUUUUCUCGAUGAUUUCACUUUCACCAACCUUACUGCAAGUACUUGGCUUGCUCCACUUUCCUCAUUACAAUAUCUUGGCUUAAAAGAUAUGGAUCUCCCCAUGAAUCUGUAUAAGGUCAUGAACCUCGUGUACUUAGAUCUGUCUCGUAAUCAAAUAACUGGAUCCAUUCCUGAAAGCCUUCAACCCAGAACACCCAACUUGAGGUCCUUGCUUCUUAAUGAUAACUUCAUGAAUGGUUCGUUGCCAAGUUCAUUGGGGAAUCUCAAAUUCUUGUCCAAAUUUGAUGUUUCCAACAAUAAGUUAUCUGGCAAAAUUCCAAGCACAAUUUGGAAUCUUUCAUCAUUGGAGUGGCUGCAUCUGAAUAAUAACAAGUUUCAAGAAAAACUUCCUUCGUUCUUGUCAAACAUGAAAAACUUGAUAUUAUUAGAUGUUGGGGAGAAUCAACGGUCAGUCAACUUGGACUUGUCAAAUAACUUCUUGUCUGGAUCAAUUCCUACUGGAAUAUCUUUCCUUUCAAAAUUGGUUGGACUCAAUUUCUCCUACAAUAAUUUGUCAGGCAAGAUUCCUGAAAGGAUUGGAGACAUGAGGUCAUUAGAGUCUAUUGACUUGUCUCAUAACCAUCUUAGUGGUGCUAUUCCAAGAAGCAUGAUUGACUUAAAUUUUUUAAGUCACUUGAAUUUAUCAUACAACAACCUUUCAGAAUCAAUUCCAAUUGAAAAUCAAUUUCAAACCUUGAACGAUCCACUCAGUUACACUGGUAACCAAUAUCUCAGUGGAGCUCCACUCCCAAAAUAUUGUCUCGGUGAUGGUUCUCAUCAUGUUCCUACCUUUGAAGGCUAUGAAGAUGAAGAUAGGGAAAAUGACCAGCUAGGGAAAGCGCUGUUUUACUCAAUUGUAUCCUUUGGCUUUGCAACUGGUUUCUGGGUAAUUAUUGGGUUUUUGUAUUUCAAAAACAAUUGGAGGUAUGCUUGCUUUGAAUAUGUGGAGAAGGUAUAA